AUGGCUACGAAAACAGCAUCAGAUGUUGAGAAGUCUAUCUCCUCGAAGUCUGCCCCAGCAAACGACCACGACGUAGCACAUGCUCAAGUCGUCUUGAUCCCCCGACCUAGUACCCAUCCCCAGGACCCUCUGAACUGGCCUCAAAGCCGCAAACACUUACUCCUAGCAGUAUUAUGCCUGGCCUCAUUUGCCGGCGCAAUCGCGCCCUUGUCAGGCCAGCUCAACCUCGCCAAUCAAGAAAAGCUGUACAGCAAAACAAAGAUUGAAGAAUCAUAUGCAAACUCAGCUGCCCUGGCAGGCAUCGCCGCCGGCCCAUUCUUCUUCGCCCCAAUUGCGCACAGGCUAGGCCGCAGCUCAGUGAUAUUCUGGUGUGUGCUGUGCACAACAGUAUGUCAGAUCUGGGGUGCGGUCAUGACCCACCCGCAAGACUACAUUCCCUACGUGAUGUCACGGCUCUUCGCCGGUUUCUUCGGUGCAGUGCCCACCGUGCUGGGGCCGCGUAUCGUCACCGAUCUAUUCUUUUUGCACCAGCGUGGUCGUGCAUUCACCGUGUUGCAUAUGUCUUUUCUGUUCGGGACCAUUGCCGGACCUACCUUCUCCGGAUUCGUAUCUGCGCACUCCUUCUUCCCAGUUGAGUUCUGGUGGACGGUUGGGCUGUUAGGGUUCACGCUGAUUUGCUGUUUCUUUCUUCUUGAAGAAACAGGCUUUGACCGAGAAUGCCCUGAAAAGAACCCCAAUAUCCCAAGUGAGAGAAUGGCGAAUCGGAUUGCGACGUUCUUCCCUGGUAAUCGCGUCGCCAAAAUCAGCAUCACACCACUCCUCAUAGGCCUCUGCCCAGCAACCAUCAUAAUGGGCACAUUUACCCUGGUAUCAUUCGGAUUCUACGUAGGCGUGAACGCCCUGACACCAGUCUGGCUCCAGAAGCCCGUCAGCGCAGGCGGGUACGGCUUCACACUGGAACAGAAUGCCGCCUUUACAUUCAGCCACUGGAUCGGCAUCAUCGUCGUCCAGUUCUACGGGCACUACCUCAACGACCGGUUCCCACUGUACCUCGCACGGCGAUUCAACCACGGCGUCUGGAAGCCCGAGUAUAGACUGCACGUGCUGUGGCUUCCCAGUCUCGUGCUGAACCCGAUUGGACUGGGGAUUUUUGGGGCGGCGCUGCAGUACCGCUUGCAUUAUUUGGUGCUUGCUUUGGGGGUUUUUGUUGUGACGGUUGGUUCGCUGGGGAGUGUGCCUGUGACGGUGAAUUAUGUUGUGGAAUGUUUCCCUGGGUUCCCGGCGGAGGUGGGUAUUGUUGUUGGGGCUUAUCGGAUUGUUUAUGGAUUGACUAUUGGGUUUUAUAUUGAUGGGUGGGUUGAUGCUGUUGGGGUUGGAUGGGUGUAUGGGAUGAUGGCUUUCUUUGCGACUUUUUCGUUCUUUUUUGUUAUGUUGCUUAUGUGGAAGGGGGAGGUUAUUCGGAGGGCGAGGUUUAAGGGGCUGGGGUCUAGUGAGGAGGGUGAGCGGUUGGUUGAG